AUGAACCAGAGCGCAUUUAACAGUAACUACAUCUCUCAGCUCGAAGAAGUGGGAGCAUGGGAACAUGACUCGCAGUACGCUCCAACCCCUGGGUACUUUCACAGCCCCUACACAACACCCUCCUCCUUCAGUCCCUCCCCGUCUAGUGCUGCUCCAGCUGUCCAAGUGGGAAGAUGGAAGGGUUAUGACGAGUACCCGCCAACCUGUAUCCACUACCUUAUAGAGUGGCGAGUGACGGUCAACAACCAGGUAGUAGCAAAGGACACGGAGGAAGACCUUGUUUUAGCCCCCAGUGCGUUCUGGCAGCUGUUUCUGGAGGAAAAAUUAGAAAAUGUUCUUCGACGAAAGGUUGCCCGCAAGGGUCAGGUGAGGGCUGAUGACACUGCCAUUGUCGUAUUGAAAUGGGGAUCGGGGGCCAGAGGUCCGGAGGAGUCGAUUAUCUGCAACUAG